AUGGAGGAGGAGGCUGGCUGGAUCAGAUUCUGCAUGGAGACGGAACAUCUAACUCCAGGUGCAUCCCUCUAUGGGGAUCCCAUUCUCCACAACUACGUGUCCAACCCACGGCUGCGCUUGGCUGCGGCCGAAUUGGGCCGCUACGAGGUGGAGAGCUGUGAGAAUGUCAGCGACCUUUGCGAUCGGCCAGAUGCUGGCCUGCUGCGCAUCGUGUGUGGCAGGACCUGUGGAUGCACCGAUCCACACUCCAAGGUGUGGUUUAAAGUCCCAGCCCUGGGCUGUAGCGAGUUCUGCUUGCAAAUGGCCGAGGAUGCCUUGAAGGCCUCUGAAAUUUGCCAAGAUGUAGCACCAGACUCCAGGUGGUCUGAGCUUUGGGAUGCCUACAUCCCGGCGCUGAGUUACAAGCUGGGCACCGACGUCACGGCCUCCACGACCUUCUUCCGCGACAUCCAGAAUCAGAUCGCUGCAAUGAAGGGUCUGGGCUGCAGUGCACUUCUACAUCCGGAGCUUAACAAGGAGUACACCAGCCAGAGAUUCUGGUGUGAGGGCGACCCGGAGCUUUUCCGGGCCUUUGGGUACUAUUGUCCCGUGAGCUGUGGAUGCCGCUCGGGCACUCCACCGAAGUAUUGCCCCCGCAGCUGUGCAGUGAAUAGGACUGACAACAGCACUGGUGGCUCUGGUUGA